AUUUGUGCCUACUUUCUCUACAUAUCGCACUUUGCAUCGAAAGAGGCCGGUUCUCUUUGGAACAUUGCAACUUUUUGAUUUCAAAGUUUUAAAAUUUAUUAGAAAGUCUAGUUUUAAAUUAACGAUUAUUAGUGCAUCGCAUUAAGGUGUUUUCUGGUCCAUCACUUUGUUUUGCUGCGUAAAAGUGAGCUUUUAAAGCAAGUAAAAAUGGGUAGCAGGGGUCGUGGAUUCAGCUUCAAUAAGAAUAAUGAUGAUGACGGAUUUCAACCUACCAAAAGCUUUGGAGGUGAUGAUGAUGGUUUCAAACCAACUAAAAGCUAUGGAGGCGAUGAUGAUGGUUUCAAACCAACUAAAAGCUUUGGAGGUGAUGAUGAUGGUUUCAAACCAACUAAAAGCUAUAAUAAUAAUAACAAUGACGAUGAUGGAUUUAAACCCUCGUACAAUCGUGACGAUAAUGGUGAUGGAAGAAGAGGCGGACGUGGUGGACGAGGAGGAGGACGCGGUGGCGGUGGUUUUAGAAGAAAUGAUGGAGAUGACGAUGGAGGUUUCAAACCGAGAGAUAAUUUCGAUGGCGAACGUCGCGGUAGAGGUGGCCGUGGAGGCGGCGGUGGAUUUAGAAGAAAUGAUGAUGAUAGAAAUGGAGAUGACAACAAUGAUGACGAUGGAGGUUUUAGGCCAAGAGAUAAUUUUGAUAGCGAUCGUCGCGGUAGAGGUGGACGUGGAGGCCGCGGAGGCGGUGGAUUUAGAAGAAACGACGAUGACAGAAAUGGAGAUGACAACAACGAUGAUGGAGGUUUUAGACCAAGCAAUAACUAUGACGGUGAACGUCGAGGUAGAGGUGGACGAGGAGGUGGUCGAGGAGGCGGCGGUUUUAGAAGAAACGAUGAUGACAGCGAUAGCGGAUUCAGGUCGUUUGACAGGAAUAAUCGAGACAGUGAUGAUUUUGGCUCAACUAAUUUUGAUGAUGAUGAUGGCGGCAGAGGAAGAGGUCGCGGACGUGGUGGAAGAGGAGGUGGUGGACGUGGACGUGGUGGCGGUAGAGAUGGUGAAGAUGGUGGUAGACGUAAUUUCGACGAUGAUGGCGGUGAUGGUGAGAAAAAGGAAUUUAUCAAUAAGGAAAUUUACACUCCACCAGAACCAGAGCAGGAUGAGGAAAAAAUAUUUGCCAAUGGAAUUGGUGCGGGUGAAAAUUUUCAAAAAUACAUUAAAGAUAUUACAGUAAAAACAUCUGAACAUGUACCGCCACCAAUUGAAAGAUUUGAAGAAGCCAAUCUUCGUACACAUUUAAUGGAGAAUAUUAAAAAAAGUAAAUAUGAAUCACCAUCGCCAAUUCAAAAAUACGGAAUUCCUGCAAUAAUGAAGGGUCUUGAUAUUAUGGCAUGUGCACAAACUGGUUCUGGUAAAACGGCAGCAUUUGUAUUGCCAAUUAUUCAUAAAUUAUUGUCAGAACCAAAAGAUUUGAUAUCCGGCGAACAUUGUGAACCACAGUGUAUUGUAAUGGCACCAACGCGUGAAUUAGUCAUGCAAAUAACGGAUGAAUUUCGAAAAUUUGCCAAUGGAACAAUAUUGAAAAUUGAAUCUGUCUAUGGAGGAACUUCAGUGGGAUUUCAAGCAAAAAGAUUAAGAAAUGGAUGUCAUAUUGUUGUUGCAACUGAUGGAAGAUUAAAUGACUAUAUCAAAAAGGAAGUCAUUCUUCUUAGUUCAAUUCGAUUUAUUGUUUUAGAUGAAGCUGAUAGAAUGCUUGACAUGGGAUUUUUACCUGGUAUUGAAUCGGUAAUGGAUCAUGAAACAAUGACAUCAAAAGAAGAACGACAAGUAAUGAUGUUUUCGGCGACAUUUCCCGAUGAAAUACAAAAGCUUGCUGGUCGCUUUUUAAAGGAAAAUUAUGGUUUCAUUGCCGUUGGUAUUAUUGGCGGUGCCAAUACGGAUGUUGAACAAAAUUUUUAUGAAGUCGACAGUAAAAAUAAGAAGCCAAAAUUAUUUGAAAUUCUUGAACGCGAAAGGGAGAAUAAUACAUUAACGGGAACAAUUAUUUUUGUUGAGACAAAAAAGACUGCCGAUUUUAUUGGUGCACUUUUAUCGGAGAGUAAAUUUUCAACAACCACAAUGCAUGGCGAUAGAACAGAACCACAACGUGUUCAAGCACUUAAUGAUUUUAAAUAUCGAAAUAUGGAUGUUUUAGUUGCUACAAAUGUUGCUGCACGUGGAUUAGAUAUCAAGGGUGUUAAUCAUGUUAUUCAAUAUGAAAUUAGUAAGGAAAUUGACUGUCACGUUCAUCGAAUUGGAAGAACGGGACGUGUUGGAAAUAAGGGACGAGCAACGACAUUUUAUAAUCCAGAGAAGGACAGCGCUGUUGCUUCAGAACUUGUGAGAAUUUUGAAACAAGCUGGACAACCAGUUCCUGAUUUUCUCGAAGGAGGAGGAAGCGGCGGUGGUGACUAUCAACCGGCAAAUAAAUAUGGAGCUCGAGAUUUCCGUAGUAAGGGAGGAAAUAAUGGAUCAGAAUUUAAUUCUGCACCUGCUGAACCAGAGGAUGAUUGGUAAAUAAAUGUGUGAUUCCUUUCACUAAAUAUUAAGAAAUUUUGUGAAUACCAGUAUUGCGUUUGUUUAAAGCUUUUUUAUAUAAAAAAAAAUAAUAAUUUUUUAAUUUUCUCUCUUUAAGUAAUCUCACAAACUUUAAUAAUACACACACACAUACACACAAUUUAUUUGCUAGUUUAAAAACUUUGAACAAAAAUAAGUUUAAAAUUAUUAUAGAUAUUUAGAGAUUUAUUAUUAAAAUCUUAAAAGAUAAUUUGUUACCAGUUGUUAUUAGAAAAACAAAUCUAAGAGUAAAACAACACUUAGAUAUUUUAGUUUAUUAUAUAUAUAUAGUUUUUUUUUACGUAAUAGUAAUAAAUUGAAAUUAUAUUUUUUCACGAUAAAAAAAAAAAGAGAGAUGAAACAAAAUGUGUUAUCUACGAAAUAGUAUUAAGUCUUUUUUUUACCAAGUUUCUUUUUGUAAUAAAAGCAGAACUGAAA